AUGGCUUCAUACCGGCUUCUUCUGUUGAGCUCCCUGGGAUCCCUGCCCUUGACUCUGGCACAUCCCCGCCUCAACAUUGUUCGGGCGGCUGCCAAUACGACAAGCGUUGGGCCUGGCAUCGCAACCGCCAAUGCUACAGUCCCGGCCACGGCCACCGCGCCUGCGAAUGCCACUGCCCCGCCUGUGGUGACAUAUUCCACCACCCAAGCCCAUACUCCAUACACUGGAGUGCCGACCACAACCGGGGCCCUCAUCGCAACCCCUAUCGGUCCGGGUAUUUCUCCCUUGGGGAUCAACCCGUCGGCUACCACGUAUCCCAGUGAUGGACAACUCCAUAAUCCCGAGCCCGGUCCUUACAUACCAGCCGGAGGUGUUGGAACAAAUGGAGAGACUCCUGUUUACAAUGCCAAGAGUGACUUUGAUUACGAGUCUUUGGCUCUCGCGUUGUACCAAGAGUACAUCGAGCUCGACCUUUUCCACGAUGGACUGGCUCGCUUCUCUGCACAGGAUUUUGAGGCUGCUGGGUUGACAGCGGAGGAUCGUUUUCUGAUCGAGUUCAUGGCGGAUCAAGAAGUCGGCCAUGCGACCAUGUUGACCAAUAUUUUGGGUGCCCAGGCCCCCAGGCAGUGCAACUACAUAUACCCUUACACUACCGUUCAGGAGUUCCUGGAUUUCUGCCAGAAGCUUACCCGUUUCGGAGAGGCUGGUGUCUAUGGAUUCCUGUCUCAUCUGGACUCCCGCGAAGCAGCCACGCUUCUGACGUUGUCGAUUACCACGGAAGCUCGCCAGCAAAUGAUUUUCCGGCAAUUCGAAGGCCUCUUCCCGAUGCCGGUAUGGUUUGAGGUCGGUGUCCCACAAUCAUGGGCCUGGACGCUGCUUGCCCCCUAUAUCAGCUCCUGCCCGGAGGACCAGACGCGCCUGGCGUGGCAGAACUUCCCUGCGCUGUCUAUCCUGAACCAGCCGAACCCGGUCCGGAUCAACGGCGCUGAGGCAUGGAGGGAGACUAUCAGCAAUGGCACGAACGUGCUGAAUAGCACGGCUGUUCCGAGCUCCCAAACCUGCCUGAACUCCAACACUGCUGGUGUUGAUUGUUCGCCCGCAAUCACCCACAACCGCACGAACCCCUUGUCGUACCCAGGCCGGGAGGUUUACCUGUCCUGGGAAGCGCCCGGGCGACCAGUUGGACCCAACAACAGCUAUGUCACCUCGACGAAUGCUGGAGAGCCCAAGUAUGUGGCCUGGGUGACGCAGCUGAACGUGACCUACUCCGAGUUGAAUCUCAAUGGCUCGAGGGCAGGGUCGACCAUUCAGCCCGAUGUCGAAACCUACGCCGGUGAUCCCGCCGUCAAUGGCACCAUGUUCAUUGCCAUUACAGACACCAACCUCUAUGUGACCCCGUUCAACAUCACCAUGUUGAACCCUCAUGUAGUUGCUGGGCCGGCUCUCUACCAGUCUGGAUAA